UUGACUGGCUUGUCUUUGUUUUCAUUUCACCGGCAGCAUUUUGUUUUGUCUGUCAUUCAUUCCAUGAAAUUGUGAAAGCACACAAUGACAUCCCGGAGCAGAUAUAACCAGGACUGGGACCCGAUGAAGGAGGACUUUGACAACUCCAGUUAUGAUCCUCAGAAUGCUGAUGAGAACAAUGGAGGUUUUGUGAACCUAGACCAUUGCCGGCUCUACAUAACCAAUAUUCCAAAUGGCCUCAAUGACGAUGGGUUGACGACAGCCUUCUCGAAAUAUGGACAGCUCACUGAAGUCUUUGUCAGUAAGAACCCGGACAAGAGAUACGCAUUAGUAGCUUUUGAGACACCAGGGGAAGCAAAAUUUGCCAUGAUGAAGCUGAAUAGGACAGAACCUCUGAAGCUCAAUAUCAAUGUUGCUCAUAAGAGCAAUGCAAGAACAAAAAGGACAUUCGAAAAUAAAGACGGCUCGGGAUAUCGGAGUAACAACUCGAACCCUCGUAAUCGCGAAGAUCGCAGCUUCAGAGACGACGGUAGCGCUGGCAGCCGAUCCAACACAAGCAUGCCUCCACAGGAUCGCCGAAAAGCCGCUAACACAAAAACUCCGUAUUUGUUGGUUCGCAAAAGUAACUUUCGGAGACCAGAAUCUCUUGCUAACGGAGACAACAUGGAAGACAUUGUGGAUGAUGAUGUACAGGUGUUGAGCGGUAGCCUGGAGCCAGAUGUGAACCUAGAGCUGGAGAAGCUAAAGCUGGAGCACCUGAAGCUGCAGGAGGCGCAGGUCAUGUGCAAGCACCGGAUGCUGCUUCUCAAGCAGGCCGAGAAGAAGUCUAGUUCCAGUAGUCGCCAAAUUCUGCCGGAUGGUAGAAUCGUUGUCCGCACCAUUGACAAGAGCGAAGCCAAUGACGUAGACGGCAGCUUCGCGGCCGGAGAUGCGCCUAACCUUCCGGCGCUACAGACGGUCGGCGCGUGCGUGGCUUGCGGCGACCGCGCCUCCGCCUUCUGCAGCGGCUGCCGCGUCACCCCCUACUGCUCGGCCGGCUGCCAGCGCCGCGACUGGGCGCACCGGCACAAGACUGUGUGCCACAACCUGCGCCGUCAAUCCGGUGGCGUUGCACCCAGACUUGAAGAUACAGAGCCAGCGAUUGCCGCCGCCACCCCGCUGCGCCGCCCGCGCUCGCCCGGCGCCGACGCGAGAGACUCCGGGCCCGACAGGAUGCCUCCGAAGAAAUUCGGUCCUCCGGGCAGCGCGACCGUACCCACCCCGCUCGCCAGAGCGAACAACGCUCGCAACGACGACAGAGGUCGCCCCGAGCGCGACAACCGCUCGGGAGCUCGUCCGGACAAUCGCGACGACAACCGAGGACGCGACGACAAUCGCGGACGCGACGACAAUCGCGGACGCGACGAGAACCGUGGACGCGACGAGAACCGUGGACGCAACGAGAACCGUGGACGUGAUGACAAUCGUGGACGCGACGAGAACCGUGGACGCGACAACUACGGGCAAGGUGGUGACCGCGGUCGGCCGGACAAUCGUGGACGCUCGGACAACUGGCAGGAGCGGGGUGAUAACCGGGCCAGAUUGAACCGGUCCAAUGAUGGUGACGAUAACAGAAGACCAAAUGACAAGCCCAAAGACACCAGCUACUUUGGAACCAAGAACAAUGAGUUUAGUCGCAAGAAUGAUGACAGACAAGACCGGAAUCAAGAUGGUGGGUUUAGGAACACGAGGCAACCUGCAGGAGGCAAGCCGAAGGACGAUGAAGACUGGGGACCGAAACCCGAGCAAAAAGCAGAAGGGCCCGCCGCGCCCGCCUUCGGCUUCAAGCCCCGGGCGGUCCCCGCGCCUGCCGCCCCGGCUCCUGCUCCCAAGGCUGCUCUGGUGCCUAAAAAUUGCGUUAUCGACCUCCUACCCGUCAAAGAGACCUUCAUCCUCUCCGCCGACGCCACAGCCGAGAGCUGCAAGACUGACACCGGCUACAUCGGAGUCACGAUGCACGGCGACUACUCCGAUCACUACGAGCGCUUGUUGGACCCCUUCGGACAGGCUUGCGAGGCCAGCGAGACGUUUGAGUGA